UGUUCGAUUAGCAGUAGCAGGAGGAGGCACGAAAACGAGGAGGGCGACAGCCACCGGAGGCACAAACACAAGGAGAGCAAGAGCAGCAAGGAGGGUGUGAGAUAAUGGUACAGAGGGGGGAGCGCCUAAACAUCCUGGGAAACAGCCGUCACAGAGCUACCCUCCGUUCUCUGUGACCCCUGGCUACCCCUUCUCACCUGACGUCAGCAGACAUUGUGACUGCCAUCUUGACUUUGAAGAGGAGACCAAAGAAAAGCUGGGAGCGAAGGUGCAGAAGGACACAAGACAUGGCGAGGAUGAAGGAGUGCGUUGCUGCUGUGGUGCUGAGCCUCCUCUCAGUGGGACUCUCUGCUCCUCUGAGCAGCUGUGACAGUCUGUUGAAACCCAGAUCUGUCAGCAUUGAAGACAUUUUAGGGCGCUGGCUGUACAUCGGGGGGAGCUCUGACCUCCCAGGAAGCCGCUCCGUGGGCCGCCUGAUGACCAGCGCAUGGUUGAACGUCACCGCGACGGCGCAGGACAACGUCCUCCAUGUCCUGCAUACUGAGGCAAUAGUUGGCAAAUGUUUCAGCGUACAUUACAACAUGACCUUUGAAAACAGCACCUUGUUGAUCGAGGAACCUUUCCAACUCAAGGUGGUCUACCUGCAGACUGGCUGCUCCGACUGUCUGCUUGCUCGUGAACAAGUUGUCUCUGGCAAUGAUACUUUCACCAGCCUUUCAUUCUUCAGUAGGAGAAAAAGUGUCUCCCCUGCUGUGUUGGAGAUGCUGAAGAGACAGGCCGAAUGUCUCCAGAUGCCGUCGCCCAUAAUGAUGGACCCAGACUACGAAAUCUGCCCCGACAACAUCCCUCCCUCUGAAGGGAUUGCUGCCCUCAACACUUUAUUAGAGGCCAAGAUGGGACACAAAGUUGUCAAACUCCUGGAUUCUUUUUUUGAAAUGUUUGUGAACUGAUUAGUUCUGUCAUUUUGGCUAAGUAAGAGGAAUGUUUGUUUCUAUGAAUAGAAAUAAAAAGAUGUGUAAUAAAAGAUAGAAGCACUGGUAUUGUUUUCUCAUUAUUCAUAAGUGUA